CAUUACAAAGAGCCAAUCCCAGCGGCGCUGUCACUGUUAUGGUCCUGUCAGGGCGCCGGCGUCGUGGUGCUUGGGUGGUCGCCACCGAGAGGACUUUGGUGGGGCAGUCUCAGGACAGCUCAGCGGCUAACUGUGCCCAUCUGCGUCCUCGCUCCCAGCUCGCACAUCCGGGCUCGCAGGCCGCACCGUAGGGCGAGCGUGUGGGUCGGCGCCGCGGCCGCCUUGGGAUCUGAGCUGAGUCGCAGCUUCCUCUACCGCGGCCGGCUCGGAGGGGCCGCGAGAUGCAGCCUCCGGGCCCGCCCCCGGCCUACGCCCCCACUAACGGGGACUUCACCUUUGUUUCCUCAGCUGACGCAGAAGAUCUCAGUGGUUCAAUAGCAUCGCCAGAUGUCAAAUUAAAUCUCGGUGGAGAUUUUAUCAAAGAAUCUACAGCUACUACAUUUCUGAGACAAAGAGGGUAUGGCUGGCUUCUGGAAGUCGAAGAUGAUGAUCCUGAAGAUAACAAGCCACUCUUGGAAGAAUUGGACAUCGAUCUAAAGGAUAUUUACUACAAAAUCCGAUGUGUUUUGAUGCCAAUGCCAUCACUUGGUUUUAAUAGACAAGUGGUGAGAGACAAUCCUGACUUUUGGGGUCCUCUGGCUGUUGUUCUUUUCUUUUCCAUGAUAUCAUUAUAUGGACAGUUUAGGGUGGUCUCAUGGAUUAUAACCAUUUGGAUAUUUGGUUCACUAACAAUUUUCUUACUGGCCAGAGUUCUUGGUGGAGAAGUUGCAUAUGGCCAAGUCCUUGGAGUUAUAGGAUAUUCAUUACUUCCUCUCAUUGUAAUAGCACCUAUACUUUUGGUGGUCGGAUCAUUUGAAGUGGUGUCUACACUUAUAAAACUGUUUGGUGUGUUUUGGGCUGCCUACAGUGCUGCUUCAUUGUUAGUGGGUGAAGAAUUCAAGACCAAAAAGCCUCUUCUGAUUUAUCCAAUCUUUUUAUUAUACAUUUAUUUUUUGUCUUUAUAUACUGGUGUGUGAUCCAAGUUAUACUUGGAUAGAAAAAGAUGGUGUUACAUUUGUGUGUAGGCUGGGAAUUCUUGCUGAAGGAAUUGAUGAAAACCUGUUGCUGGUAAAAUUUUACAUGUUCCAGAUGGAAAGGGAAGUUUAAGUGCUUUUUAAAACAAUUUUUUUGUAUUUAAUUAAGCAAUUGCAGUUACCUGGGAUUUUUGGGUCAGAAUUUUAAAUUCUGUUUGAUUCUCCAUAUUCCAGCAAAUAAAAUACAAAAGGAUUGUGUUUUUAAGAUUGUGUCAAUAUUCACCUAAAAACUUGUGCCAAAAGCACCUGGAUUGGUAAUUACAUUUCACUUGAAGGGUAAAUUUGACAAUGUCCUGAUAAUCUAAAGUACAAUUUUUUUCUUUAAAAUGUUUUCUCCAGCAUCACAGAUAUAUAUUUAUAUUUAUACAUAUAUUUAUGAAAUAAUUAUUCACAAAAUAUAUUUCUGAAUAGCUUAAACAUUAGGAUAUUAAAUCUGAUGCUUAAACUUUUUUUCAUUUGGCCAUUAAUCUUUUUUGUUUAAAAAUUUAAAUUUGUUUUUAAAAUUGUAUAUAAUUUUUUAAACCUCACACAUGCUUCAGUACUUUCUUGUUAAGAAAUCUUAAUAACUACUAAAAUUGAUUUUAAUAGUUGCUGAUAUAUAUUUGGUUUGUUUGGGUGUACUUUUUAAAACCAUUUUUGAAUGUCCAAACAUCUGAUUUAAAGUUUCUGUUUAUUUUUCUGUUCAAAGGAGCAAAAGGUAUAAUGAAUAUGGCAUUCAUUAAAAUCAUAAUUCUGUACAAAACAGUAAUAUUUGGAGCAUCAGUAAAUAUUUUUAAGUGGUGCUUCUAAAUCAUAAAAGUUGCAGAAAGAGACCUUCAAAAUCUUGUGGUCUUGAACAAUGUUAUAUGGAGUAGAAAAAAAUAAAAUACUUCCCACUUGUGUGUUUUUUUUUAAUAGCACCAUGCCCUGUAUUACUUGAUAUUUUAACAAGUAUCAGGUACUCUCUAACAAAUGUACAGUUUUUGCUAAGGGAAAUAGUAAGAAAUAAUUUUAUCAGUGAAAUUUUGGUUGCAAAUAACUUCAUAGGUUUUUAGAUAUGCCUUUAGUUAAUAUUACUUUGUAAAGUCUUUUAAACAUUUUAUUUAUGUCUAUAAAAUAGCAAAUGUCUGUUAACUGUUAGUAAAUUAUUGUAUUAUCCUUUCUGGUCUCAUCUGGAAGAGUUUGCUGCUGUCCUCCAUGUGAUAACAUGGCGACUUCUUGGUGUGUAUUUCUUUAGCAAACUUAUCCAUCAGGAAAUACCCAGCACCUCUGAAGCAAGCCUACAAAUGAACAUGUUAUCAAGCCCACCCCUCUUCCUUUCCCCGAUCCCAAAAGGAAAGAAAAAGAAAAACUGAUUUUAAGCUGCAGAAAAAGUGUAGAGCACUUUUGAGCUAGAAAAAUGUAGAAAAUUAUAGGUACUGAUUUUUUUUUUUCAAAACAGAUGAGAAUCACCAAAGGGAUAGGACUUCUAGAAGUUAGAAUAACAUGAAGUGAUCAGGAAAAAUCUAGGCCUACAGAAGCAGCAAAUGUAAGAUAAACAUUUGUUAUACUUCAGAAAUUGCUGACGUUAGUACUUUGUUAUAAUAGAGAAUUAUAUUUGAUGUUCAUAGUGUUGACCCUGGAAUCUUUCACAAAAAGCUUGAGGGUCAGGACCAGGAGGUAGAAUUUUACAGGCCAUUAAAUGAAUGUAUUUUAGGAUCACCUCUAUUAAAAAAUGGUUUUUUAAAACUGUUACUGUUUUAAGGUAUGAAUUUAAAAAAAAAUCACUUAUAUGGAUCAUGUUUACUCCUAAUGAUAUAAGAUAAAAUUAGGUAUUUUUGUUCUAAAAAGGUAUUUUAAAAUAGCAUUUAAUCUUGGGAACUAUCUUAUUUUAGGGUAUCUAUAAAAACAAAUUACAUUGUUUCAAACUCAACAAAUACCAUCUUUGUGUGCUAAUGAGCAAUAGUUAGAACAGAUUGUCAGUUUAAAAACAUGAUUUGUAGAUGUGUGCAAGACACAGUACUACCAUGGCUAAUAAUGGUAAGAUGACCAUAACAAUGUCCUCUCCUUGAAUUUUUCAUAUAUUUUCUGAGUCAUACUGAUUUUUUAAAUCAUGAUUUCAAACGUAAUUAUUAGUUCAUUAGAAUUUUUGAAACAGAACUGGCCAGAUAAUCUGUGUAUCCUAUGUCUCUUCUAGUUGCGUGUGAGUAAAUAUGUGUCUUUUAAGUGUUACCAGUUAUAGUACUCCUGAUGAAUGGUAAUCCUCCAAAAAAUAAGUAGGAGACAUGCUUGCUUCUUUUUCAAGUUGACUGUUAAAUAAUUGAAAGUUUGAUAAAAAAUUAAAGUCUAUAUAUAAUUAAGCAUAGUUUUAAAAAGUUUACAAAGAUUUGUAAAGUUUAGGAACCAUUUGAAACCUUAUUUCUAAGGUCUGUAAGACAAUUUUAUAUGUAGUAAUGUGUCCAUUUGCAGGAAUUCCCCAAAUUCUCAUAUAGCCAUUGAGCACCCCAAUCCAAAAUUCAGUACUCCAGAUAAGAACAUUUUUUAGUGCCGAUGUGAUACUUCAAAGGAAAUGUUCAUUGGAGCAUUUUGGAUUUCAAAUUUUUGAUUAGGAAAGCUCAACCACUAUAUGUUUCUGCAAAUCUGAAAAAAUCUGAAACCUGAGAAACUCUGGUUCCAACCAUUUUGGGUAAGGUACCCUCAACCUGUAUUAAUAUAUAUAGACUUCUAAAUUAGUGAAAAUUUGCAUUGACUUAAAAUACAACGUAAAUAUUUUUGUUUAAGUAUUGUUUAAAAUUUAGUCAUUUUUAAAAUUUUUGAUGUAACAAAACAGUGAAUAAAGCUUCUACAACUUAAUAAAAAUAUUUUUUAUAGUCAAGAAAAUUAGUUGAAUAUUUUUAAAUAUUCAUUUUUGCUAGUGCACAUUUUAGGCUUUAGGGAACUGUGACACUUGUUCUUAUUUUUUUGGAGAUGGAGUCUUGCUUUGUCGCUCAGGCUGGAGGGAGUACAGUGGCACAAUCUCACUGCAACCUCUGCUUCCUGGGUUCAAGCGAUUCUUGUGUCUCAGCCUCCCUAGUAGCUAGGAUUACAGACACCCGCCAUCAUGCCCAGCCAAUUUUUUUCAUUUUAAGUGGAGACAGGUUUUCACCAUGUUGGCCAGACUGGUCUUGAACUCCUGACCUAAGGUGAUCCAUCCACCUGCCUUGGCCUCCCAAAGUGCUGGGAUUACAGGUGUGAGCCACCAUGCCCAGCACCUUUGUUUUUAAAAUAGUAUCUUAUUUUCAUACAGUUCUUUCGGACUAUGGUAUCACAUUCUGAAACAAUUCUUAACAGAGCUAAAACUCACUCCCAACAAUUCUCUGCACUGUCAUAUGUACACAGAGUAAUACUGUUUUAUUAUUCUCCUUCAUAAAUGGUUUAAUUGAAACUUUGAGCCUUAUACUAUAAAAUUUCCCUUAUAAACUGAAUUACAGCCAGGCACGGUGGCUGAGGUCUAUAAUCCCAGCAUUUUGGGAGGCCAAGACAGGAGGAUUGCUUGAACCCAGGAGUUGAAGACCAUCAUGGGCGAUAGUGAGAACCUGCCUCUAAUCAUCAUCAUCAUCAUCAUAAUUUAAUUUUUAAAAACCUCUGAAUUAGAAGUGCUCCAUUCCUCAUUUGUAUACAGUCGUUCCUCUGUAUACAAAGGGGAUUGGUACUGGAACCACCGCAUACCAAAUUCCACACAUACUCAAGUCCCACAGUCUUCACUGCAGAAUCCAAGUGUACAAAAAGUAGGCCCAUGAUUUAAAUGGGUUUUACAUCCUGACACUACUGUUAAUUUCAAUCCUAGUUUGUUUCAAAAAAAAAAAAUUGUAUGUAUGCCUGGGUACAGUGUCUCACCUGUAAUCCCAGCACUUGAGGAGGCUGAGGGGGGAGGAUUAUUUUGAGCCCAGGAGUUCAAAACCAGCCUGGUCAACAUAGUGAGAUCCCAUCUCUACAAAAGAAAAAUUAGCUGGGCAUGGUGGCACUUCCCUGUGGUCCCAGUUACUUAGGAGGCUGAGGCAAGAGGAUUGCUUGAGCUUUGGAGGUUGAGGCUCUGCAGUGAGCCGUGAUCACACCACUGCAUGCCAUCCUGGGCCACAGAGUGAGACCCUGUCUCAAAAAAGAAAAAAAAAAUUUUAAUUGCAUGUAAGUUGACCCACAGUAUUCAAAUUUGUGAUGUUCAAGGUUCAACUGUAAUUUCCUAGCAGAAUUUUGUAUGUUUAAGAAUCUGUUGAUACUCUUCAAGUAAAUCCCUAAAUUAUAACUUUGACAUCAGAAAGGCUAGACAUUCUUACAUUUUUGCACUGCAAAACAUAAUAUAUCAAAACUCCCAUGCUGAUUUGUUGUGGAAUCGUGCCUGUGAGUAACCAUGGCACUCCAGCCUGGGCAACACAGUAAGACCUCAUCUCUUAAAAAAAAAAAAAAUACGGUCGGCCGCGGUGGCUCACGCCUGUAAUCCCAGCACUUUGGGAGGCGGAGGUGGGUGGAUCACGAGGUCAAGAGAUGGAGACCAUCCUGGUCAACAUAGUGAAAUGCCGUCUCUACUAAAAAUACAAAAAAUUAGUUGGGCGUGGUGGCGAGUGCCUGUAAUCCCAGCCACUUAGGAGGCUGAGGCAGGAGAAUUGCCUGAACGCAGGAGGCGGAGGUUGCGGUGAGCCGAGAUCGCGCCAUUGCACUCCAGCGUGGGUAACAAGAGCGAAACUCCGUCUUAAAAAAAAAAAAAAACAAAACAAAAAUACAUUCUGAAGUAAGUUUUACUUAUGAAUAAAUACAUUUUAUUUAUAACAAACUGGUGAAAAUUUUAGACCCAACCAUGUCUUUAUGGUUACAGUGAUACAGAAAGAAAUGGUUUGUUCCCUAUACACAGCAUAUGUUAUUAAACGUGAAACUUAGGAUUAGUUUUCUCCUUAAAAAUUCUUUUGAUAAUGCUGAGGUUGCAGUUUGGAGUUUACGUUAGAGAAAGAAUGUAGAGAAGAUUAAGAUGGCAGUGGUAAAAUGUUUCCCUACUUUACAUUUUAUAUUGGCAGUACCCUGGUUUCAACUUUUCUAUUUUCAGCAAGAUAUUUGCAGGCUUUUACUUUGAAGAUAUUUGGUUUAUAGUAGUCCAUGCUAUACUAAUGUUGUUACUAAGAUAAUUAAGUUAGAUACUAAUAUGAAAAAGUAGAAUAUUUGUGUAAAUAUUUUGAAGUUGUAAUUAAUGUAUAUACAAGUUGUUAAUACUUAUGACAAAAGGAAGCAUUCUCUCCAGUAAUAAUUUUGUUAAAACUAAAAUAAUAAGUAAAUUAAGUUCAUCAAGAAUAAAAACCUUGGUUUUUAUGUAA